CGCCUCCUUCAACCUCUCAGCUCAGAUAUGGACACUCCAGUGCUCAUUCUCGAUAAUGGGGCAUACACGAUCAAAGCGGGCGUUGCAGGCUCGGACGUGGAGCCGCGGUUCUUCCCGAAUGCUGUUGCGCGCAGCCGCACCGACCGCCGUAUUUUUGUGUCUGACGAGAUUGAUACUGCCAAGGACUUGAGCGGGAUUGCGUACCGGCGCGCGUUUGAGCGCGGCAUGCUUGUUGCAUGGGAUGCGGAGAAGCCUGUGUGGGACCGCAUCUUCUCCCCUGCAGGCCUUGAUAUCAACCCGCCAGAUACGUCGCUGCUCGUAACUGAGCCGUACUUCAAUCUUCCAAACAUCGCCGAAACCUACGACCAGAUGGUUUUCGAGGAAUGGGAAUUCGCGAGUUAUUAUCGUUGCACACCCGCAUCUCUUGUGCCCUAUGGGGGAAUGUUCAGCGACGAGACUGAUGUGCCGCCUGAAUGUAUGGUCGUUGUUGAUGUUGGGUACAGCUACUCCCAUAUUGUGCCCAUACGCGGCGGCGAGAUAGUCUGGGAACACGUCAAACGCAUCGACGUCGGCGGCAAGCUUCUUACUAACCACCUCAAGCACCUCAUCUCGUUCCGGCAGUGGAACAUGCUCGACCAAACGUACGUCGUCAACGCCGUUCGUGAGGCGUGUGGGUACGUCUCAAUGGAUUGGCGCGGAGACAUCGAACAGUGCAAACGGAACCCACGAUCAAAUUCUGUUGUGCAAGAGUACGUCCUGCCCGACUUUUCCGCAAAGUCCCGCAGCAGGACGGGCUAUAUUCGCUCCGGACCCAAUGCACAACCGCCACCACAGAGUGAAGAGACGCGCAAAAAGGACGAGGAGGAGCAGGUGCUCUUCAUGGGUAACGAGAGGUUCGCUGGACCGGAGCUGUUGUUUAACCCUUCCGACAUCGGCAUCAACCAAACAGGGCUACCGGAGACCAUUGCCUACGUCAUCUCGCAGAUGUCUCAGGAGCUGCAAGGGAUGUUCUGGGCGAACAUUGGGAUCGUGGGGGGGCUCGGCAACAUCGAGGCCUUGGGGGAGCGACUGUCGGUUGACUUAUUGCGUCCACAACUGACUCACAGAGAGCGCGAUCUGCGCACGCUCUGCCCAACAGACUACGAUAUUGGGAUCUAUGAGGUAUUUGAACCCGCAUCCGCUCCAUAUCAGGCCGCCGUUGCGUUGACAUCGCACGAUGGCUACCUCCCGACAUACCCAGUCACGCGAAGCGAGUACCUUGAGCAUGGUUCCAGCAUCUGCCGGCGCAAGUUUGGCGGACCAGCGUACAACAUUGAGCCACCAGGAUUCAACCGUGAUGCCGAGCCCGUUGACGAGGACGAGCAAGAGCUGCGGUACGCCCUUGGACUUGACAGUAUACGCGGGAAGGGUAGCAAGAAGCGCACGAACGACGAGGAGGUCACCUCUGGCAAUUGGGGAGGGCGAAGGCGACGGGCGCAGGAGGGUGGGUUGUUAAGCGGGCGGCCGUAG